AUGGCGGGUUCCGAGGCACCAGCAGCGGCAACGGCUGGGGCGGCGGCCUCGCAACGGCCCCAGCAGCAGCAGCCGCCGGCACUCGGAAGGAUAGGCGAUGCGUCGCAGCUAGUGGAGGCUGCGCUGCAAGCGCGCGUGGCGGCGUCGCAGGACCAGCGGUUCGCCACCACCAAGACGCUCUUUUUCGCGCUGAGCUCGCUGUGCGGGGUGCUGAGGCUGGAGCUGCGCAUGAAACACCUGGGACAGGGCAAGUCGGACUCGGAGCUGCGAGCGGACUGUGAGGCGUGCAACACCACCUUGCAAGGAGUGCUGUCCAACAAGAAGCUGGAGGUCACCGCGCCGUUCUGCCGCUCCGUCGCAGAGUGUCUCAGCCAGGUUUUUGAGCUUUGCGAGUCUCUGAAUGCCGUCGGAGCGGUCCUCGAUCUGCACAAGCUGCUGGACAACAGGAAGGCUUUGCCUGAGUCCAGGAUGGCUGUGCUUGAGGCCCUGGGAGAAGUCUCCAAGGCUGCCGGGCUGCGCGUGGUGUCCGUGCUGCCGGAGUCGGUGGCGGCGGCGGCGAAACAGCUCAAGCAGCCCGAGGCGUUGGUGAGAGCGAAGGCGGUGUUCGCCGUGAGGGCGCUCGUCGAGGGGGCCGACGGAGUGGGGAGCUCAGUCCACGGGGAGGUGCUCAAGGCCGCGGUUAAGGCCACCGCCGACAGGUGUCCAGAGGUGCGCGUGGAAGCCUUCAAGCUAUGCCUGUCGCUGGCGGAGGCGGCCCCCAACCUGGCCGCCUCGUCAUCCCCUGUCCCCUUGGAAACCUUGGUGGCGUUGUGCGUGAGGGGUUUGGACGACGAGUCUCCGGCCGCCAGGCUAGCCGCGGCGGCCGCCACGGGAGCUGCGCUGUCGGCGGGGGUGGAGGGUAGCGCGGCUGAGAACGAGCGGUUGGGCGUCAUCGCGGCGAGAGAUCAGGACCACGAUGAUGACGACGAGGGUGGUGGAGGAGGCGGUGGCAGUGGCGGGGGAGGGGGCAAAACUUUCGCCAACAAGCUGAAGGAGAUGGGGGCAGAGAUGAAGGUUGGCAUGGCCAAGCUCAAUGACAAGAAGAUGCCUGUCCUGGGGGAUUCGUUAACGCCUGACAAGGUGGUGCAAUUCCUGUCCGAGCUAUUUGGGAGAGCCACGGCAGCUGUUGGACAGUCGCAGUCGCAGUCUAGAGAGUACAUGGCAGGCGUUGCCGAGGCCUUUGUAUGCCUCUGGAGGCGCCCCUACAUGCUGCAGAGAGUCAACUCCACCACCGCUCCUAGGCUGGUCGGGGCUGUCCUAGAUCUGCUAGACACGGACAGGUUACCCCAGGGGGCGGGGGAGACUGGAGUGGUUCGGACAGCGGUGGAGUAUAUAAUUCGUGAGGGAAUCAGCGCCCCCCUGCCGGAGCUGUCCCAGCAGCUAGUGGCGAGGGAGAUGCUUCAGAUCCUGUCCGAAGUGGCUGGGUCGGCCCCUCCUGCCUCCGGAUUCCCGCCAUUGUACAACGAGCACCAGAUACAGGUGUGCCUGGUGGAGCUGAGCCACCUGACAAGGGCAUUGGGGCAGGCAUGCGCCGCGCUCAAGGACACACUGGCGGAUGCUUUGUCGACCCUUCUGGCGCACCCCAGUUACGGAGUCAGGUUCGAGGCGGCCGUGGCGCUGGCAUCUCUCGGCUCUGCCCUUCCGUGGUGUGCCGCGGGCUUGCUGCAGCAGUGCUUGGACGAGAUUCAGCAGCAGUAUGAUGCUCUCAUGGCGGAAGGCAUACUUCCGGCCUCCCCUCCGCCAUUGGCCAUGGGUUCGAAGACUCUGUCUAACCCAGCAGCAGCAGCAGCAGCAGCAGUGACGCCAGAUGAGGUGCAGUCGGCGUUGAGCUUGACGGUGGAGGGAGCUCUGGUCGGCGAAGGCGGCGGAGCGACCGGGGAGGGAGAGCCUGACGCGGACCUUGAUCUAGACGACGACGGCACGAGCGGAGUCGCCACCACGGGGGUUUCAGCCGACGCAGGCGGUGGGUCUCCGGGAGACGGGAACGACGACGGGGUGAUGGUCGGUGCCGCCGCCGGUGGUGGACUCGGGGGAGAGGUAGGCGCGGGCGGGCUAGGAGGCGGCCCCAGGAGGAGCGGCGGCGGCGGUGGCGGCGGGCGGUCAACGGUAGCGUCGAAGCGGUUGCGGCUGCUGCUGUUGCACGGGAACUCGUCUGCCGCAUCGCUUCUUCUACAGGUGGCGAAGGAGCUCCCGAUGGGCAUCCCAUCCAAGGUCGCCGAGAACUCCUUCAUCGCGGCGGAGAAGCUCAUUCGCGUGCAGUUCCCCGCCGGACUCGAGCACGCCGCCGCCACCAGCGCCACCCCGAGUAGCAACAAUUCCCCCACCGAUCCUGCGGCGGGCUCACCCUCCGCGGCCGGCCGCAGCGACGGCGAUCUUCCGGAAGGGGAUGCGGGUUCAUCUUCCGCAACAGCAGAGGCGGAGGGGGCCCCGCGGGAGGAUGCAAGUGGUGGUGGCGGAGGGAGAGGGCAGCAGCCUAUGGGGGUGGUUUGCUCGUGCGUCCGGACGGGGUGGAGCUUGAUGUCUUCGCUGUUCUGCGUUGGAGAGGAGUGGGCCGAGGGAAAGGCGGAGCGCCUGAUGGAGCUCUGGGCAUCGUGCAUGAGAGGGGCUGGCGCCGGGACUGUGCCUGCAGUGGCAAACCUCAGGGGAAGUUUGAUUCGAUCCUCAAAGAAAGGAAGACGUUGGGGUCUGGACACCGCACACGAGCUGAUCUUGCUGGACGCGUCGACUCGAGCAUUGCUGUGGUUCCUCAGGUCCUGUCCCAACACGCUUUGCAUGGCCCCAGACAGGUUAGCUCUUGCGCUAAGCCUCAUGGAGUCGGCGGUGGACGCGGUGGAGGGAAGGCUCAAGUCGCCCACCAAGAAGCAGGGCGUGAUUUGCCGCACGCUCCUGAAGGCCCUGCUGAUGGAGUGCUUCGCCUGGCUCCCGCCGGGCAGCUUUCCGGGAUCGAGCACACGCCUCUUCAAGUGGUCACUGGAUCACCUCAAGAUGUAUACGCUUAACGACGUUCAGUCGUCUUUGCUGCCCGAGCUGCUACACCCGGACGAUGCCGUCCUGAGCGUCGCCAGUUCUGCCAAGGUGCCGACGAUGUCUGGGGUGGGAAGCCUCGUUGAGGCGGAAGAUAGCGACAGGGUUCUCGCACAGGUCGCCCUGGUCUCGGGAGUCACCAUAGGGCCUCAGGGGGAGGGUCAGAGGGUUAGAUUCUUAUGUAUCCGGACGCCGGCAGCAUUUGUAUGCAGCAGUGUCUACAUCCGCGAUCUGUACAUGUUCAACAGGGAGAGUUCAGACCUGCCUACAGUGCUUACUCCCGGCAGUCACCACCGGAGCCCAACUAACAUAUAUCCAGCAGGGUUUUCGACGGCGGCGGGUGGGGGCGGGGGCGGUUGGAGACGUCCCCUGCCCUCGUCGGCCUCGAUCAAUGUUCGUCUGCUGGAUGCGGCGGUCCAGGUGUUUGCCGCCUCUUUCGGGCAACAGACGGAGGAGUCUAAGCUGGAGGGGGUUUCAGGCCUUGUGGAGGCGUUGCCAGAAUAUCUUCAGGCCAAGGGUCUGUUGUCCGACGACGACCGAAGAAAGAGGGACAGGAAGCACCGCUUAGCUGUGCUCAACGUCUGCUCGGGACUGCUGGCCGCACUCAAGUCGAUGCCGGCCAUCGAAGAGGAAGAGGCCAGAGGCAGUGGCAGCCCUAUCCGCCAUAACCUGCCUUGGGUCACGCUCGCCAGGGACGUUCUGCUGGAACUGCUGUCCUCCGACGAUAGCAUGGCCAGGAGGGCUGCCGCCGAGGGUUUGGCUCUCAUGGGACUCAAGGUCGGCGACGGGUACGCCGUCUACCUGAUCCAGGAUCUGUUGAAGAUUCUCCGCAAGAAGCCAGAAAAGAAGAAGCCUUUCGAUCGAGACGCGCCGGCCAACGCCAACCGCAGGGCGGGAGCUAUGUUCGCGCUGGCGUGCCUCAAGAGGACCAUGGGGGCACAGUUUUUUAGCGAAAUGAGGAGUACUUAACCCCUUUGGGUCUAGGCUGGACUGUCAGAUUUUUUUUUUGCGCCGAAAAAAAAAAUUAGAGCGAGAGCGAGCGGGAGAGAGAGAAGUGCAGAGAAAGACACCAGUGUACUUCUGCACACGCAACAGCUAUCUCCAACUGUAGGCCAUGAGAGAAGCCGGCGACAGGGUGGUGGCCACAGACAGGGUCGUAGAAGGGUUGAUGGGUGGUCGCGCUGCGGUCAGUAGGGCAGGUUAGCUGUGUAGACUUUGAAAUGAUCAGUCGUCUAGCUGCCUCAACUAGUCUAUUUUCGGUAUAUUGUAAAUGAUCAGUCCAGAGAGGGCAAAAUGAUCAGUGAAGACCCAUAGCUGGUAUUUGUACUUUUGUACUUCUCUGUUCUCUGUCCCCCCCCC